GAAAACCAUUUGGUCUCACCUGUUCAAAAAGCCCAUCUGCGCAAUCGGAUCGCGUAUGUCCCUUCGCGACUUCCGUAGCUGCUACCAUUCGAGGCUAGCGAGUAGCCGCGGCGAAUUGAAUUACCGUGCUGUUAGCUUUCUCCUACAAACAAACAUAAAAUGGACAAACUACUCAAAAAGCACCUAAAUAGUCUGCUUUAAAACCACCACUACCUCCGUGCAAAAUUGAAGAACAUGGUUGUGAAUCUCUGCCUGCCACACUUCAACACGGAAAUAAGCUCCAACAAGUUGUGUGCAGACGGUUAUGAUGUCACAAACCUCAUAUCAGCAAACCCUGCUGUCUGCAAGCGGGGCUUUAAGCUGGAGUACUUUCUACGUCCACCUGUACAGGUGACGUUAAAGUUUGGCUUCCAGGUGGAACUGUGCAGGGUGGACGUGGAACUGUGGCCUUGGGGCAUGGACCUAGGGCAGACCAGUAAGAGACUGGAGAUCAGCACCAAUUCCGAUCUGCUUCCUUCCCAGAAUUUUGGCCAAGCCGAGGGACUGAACCAAGUCAAUCACCGACUCAAGGUGGAAAAGAAGGGGAAAGAAGGAAAGCAGGACAAUCCCGCUGGCAGGUUAAAUGGCUAUUUUCAAGCAUGGUGUGAGGGGACUGAACAAAGAGGCGACAUGUGCAAACAAAAGACCAAAACUCAUUCUCAACCAGACACUCGGUUUAACAAUCCUGGGCCUGAUUUUAAACUGGUUGGCCGUUGUGAACUCAAGGAGGAAACCAGAGUUUGCUUCUCUCAUUCAGCAUUUCGCCCACGGCCUCCCUUCCUCUCCUCUCCUCCUCCUCAACCAGACAACUGUCGCACAGAAGAUCUGUGGAGUCGAGGUCAUCUUUCUUUGAGCUCUGUCACACAGCUUCGCGUAACUUUGCCUUUCGGCGGGGCUGCAUCCGCUCUGGGCCUCAAGGCUUUGGUGGUGUGGGGGCAGCCAGCUCGUUGCUGCCCUCCAGAGGAAGUAGAGAAAAUUCAUCUCGUCCACAGGGCCAGUCGAAGACCGCUACCUCGACCUAUCGCUUCUGCCAGUCACAUUGAGCAGCCCCGGCAAGACACACCUUCAAGCACUCUCUCAACCCCAGAGGAGUUUCUUGACCCCAUAACCCAGGAAAUAAUGACUUUGCCCAUGCUCCUCCCGAGUGGCGUCUCAGUGGACAGCACAACCCUGGAGGAACACCAGAAGAGGGAGGCGACCUGGGGGCGAGCCGCUAGUGACCCAUUCACUGGUGUCCUGUUCAGCGCCGCCUCCCAGCCCCUGCCCAAUCCCCAGCUGAAACACCGCAUCGACCAUUUUGUCCUGCAGAACGGACACGCAAGGAGGGACGGAACGUCAGGAAGACGAGCGGAGGCCAAGAAGCCACAACCGUCGAGGCUGAUAGGCCCUUGUCCCUAUCAACACUCUACAACAACUACAGACAGACACACAGAGGACUUUGAAUCUGCAAAGUCAUCAGAUUGUAGAAAUGUGGAUGAAAGGAAGAAACGACACCUGAGUGGAUCAGAACCAUCAGCAGCUGAGCAAUCACCUCAAAUUAAAGUACCAAGAAAUGGGCAGGAAAGCAGCAGUAGCUCACAUGAACGACGUCUGUCAGCCAGCCUAGAUGAUGCCCUUUCCUCCGUCUUAAAGGGACGACCCUCUUUUACCUCAAACUUGUCCUUGCGGGAGCAGGCCCUUCCUUUCCCUGCCGUUCUAACAGUACCAGGGAAUGAUGGCCGGUGCUCGUCUUGUUCCUCAGUGCUCUCCAUUUACUCCAAACCCCUACCGCCCGUUUACCGCCUGCUCUGCGGUCAUUUGCUGUGCCGCACUUGCCUGCAGAGAGACUCGCCAUCUUUGAGCUCUGUCGCCACAUUGCCACCUUUCAUCCAGUGUCCUAACUGCCAAAGCCCUACGUCUCGCAGUGACAUCAUACGUGUGCAUCACUAGCCUGCCCGGAGACAGUGUCAAAGAAACAAGCUGUUCUCAAGGUAAAGGUCCCCAAACAGUCCUUAUUAGUAUGUACAGUAUGCCUUAAUGUCAUCACAAGUUGCACAAAAAAGUAUUGCAUAAAAUGAGUUUGGAGAAAGAAAAGAAAAAACGUUCUCCUGCUUCCUGCCUUUUCAUUGAGGGACUUGCAGCCUUGGUUCAAAUGGUUUGUGGACACACAAAGAGAGACUUGAGGACACUGCAUGCAGCAUAGAAUAAAGGAAGAAAUUGAGGAGACCAAGGCUUCGUGAUCCUUGUGAAGAGUAUCAUAUGACCUUCUAGCAACAUUUUACACCCACCAUGUAACGUCAUAGCCUCUCUACGAUUAAUGCAAAAAUAGAACACAACGUUAAAGAACAUCAGCGUGUGUAUUGCCUAUGUGUCAGUAUCUUGAAACGAAACAAAAACGUUGACAAUUUAUUUUGUAUUAUGUUGGUUUCCAUGACAACAUCAAGUGUAAAUCAAGGUCAUGAUCCUGUAUCCGCUCAGUAAGGACUGCAUGCAAAAUAACCACAGACAACUCUAAAAUGGUUAAUGCUUACUCUUUUGAGCAAUAAUUGAUUACAAUUUAAGGAUAUUUUAGAAUUAUUCAUCUGAAGCUCAUUGCAGGGUUUUUAAAGCAAUAUGUUUUAAAUCAUUAAAAAAAUGCAAAUACCACCGAUUUUGCGCAAUUGUGGAGUAUGAGGUAAGUUGGACAUGUCAAUUAAAUUUUACAUCAUCUUUGACUAAUAAAUGUAUUCAUGCAAUUACCAUCACAAUAAAUGUAAU